AUGAGGUCACGCAAAGACCGGAUAUCAAUGCAUGAAAUGUCAUUUCCGGUGGUAAGAAGCGGGGCUACACCUUUAAUUUCAGGAACUAACUCAGACUAUAAAGUGGUGGUACUUGGCGCCGGUGGUGUCGGAAAAUCGUCAGUGACUGUGCAAUUUGUGCAGGGCGUAUACGUUGAAAGUUACGAUCCCACCAUUGAGGAUUCUUAUCGGAAACAAAUCGAAAUCGACGGAAGACAAUGUGAUUUGGAGAUUUUGGACACCGCAGGAGUAGCCCAGUUCACUGCUAUGCGUGAGUUGUAUAUUAAAAGUGGAAAAGGCUUCUUGUUGGUAUACUCUGUGACCGAUGAAAAUUCGCUCAAGGAGUUACUUGCACUUCGAGAUCAGGUGUUGAGAAUCAAGGAUCUGGACUCGGUGCCCAUGGUGUUGAUUGGUAACAAGUGUGACUUGGAAGAGGACAGAGUGUUAUCAAUUGAUGAUGGACUUCAAGUAUCUCAAGAAUGGGGGAUGGUUCCAUUUUAUGAGACCAGUGCUAUGUACAAGACCAACGUUGACGAGGCAUUUGUGGACGUUGUGCGCCAGAUAAUGAGAAAAGAGGCCGAAUUAUCGGAGGAAAAGAAGCAGCAAAAGUUGCAAAAGCAGGCUGAGGCUGGCCCCGAUGCGCCUGCAGGCGCUGCCGAGGCCGAACCGGCUUCGCAGACGGUGGCUGAGAAGAGACGAUCGAGACAACGGCUGGUGGCCACCGAGGGCCAUAAGUCGAAAUGUUGCACGAUUAUGUAG